UACCGCGCGCAUCGUUAGCAGAUUCCGAUUCGUACCUUCAACCCUUGCACAGUUCUAGAGCCAUUUAUCACCGGCAAGCAGCAUGUCGAUCGCUACCUACGAAGAAAUCCUAGACCUUCCGAACCACCCGGAGAAGGUUCUGGUCGACGUGCGUGGUGCCGAUGAGGUCGCCAAAACUGGUAAAAUUCCAUCCAGCAUCAACAUUCCCCUGGAGCAAGUUGCGAAAGCAUUCUCACCGGAAACCAGCACGGAAGAGUUCCAAAGAUUGUACGCAGUUCCGAAGCCAGCUUUCGACAACAACAUCAUAAUGAGCUGCCGCACGGGACAGCGGAGUCAGACGGCAAUCGAUACCAUUACCGCCCUCGGGUACACAAACGCUAGAAACUACAAGGGAUCCUGGACCGAGUGGGCUGAAAAGCAGGGCAAGUAAAGUGGUACGCUAAUUUCGCAGCAAGUU